GUCCUUCCGGUUUCCCUGUUAAACUGAGUGGGUUUCGAGUUUCAGCCCCUCCUAAAUUCCAGCCUGCUGAGACUCCCUCUAGAAUCAUCCAAAAUGGAGCCUUUUGCAGCCUAUCCAGCAAAAUGUUCCGGGCCCAGAGCAAAAGUCUUUGCAGUUUUGCUCUCCAUGGCUCUGUGCACGAUGAUGCUGUUUCUUCUGCAGUUAAAAUUCCUCAAACCCAAAAUCAACAACUUCUACGCCUUCCAGGUGCAGGAUGCCAAAGGGAGAACGGUUUCUCUGGAGAAGUUUAAAGGCAAAGUUUCUCUCGUCGUAAACGUGGCCAGUGACUGCCGCCUCACAGACAAAAGUUACUUGAUCCUGAAGGAGCUGUACAAGGAGUUCGGGCCCUACCACUUCAGCGUGCUGGCUUUUCCCUGCAACCAGUUCGGAGAAUCAGAACCCCGGUCCAGCAAGGAAGUAGAAUCUUUCGCAAGAAAAAACUAUGGAGUAACGUUCCCCAUUUUCCACAAGAUUAAGAUUCUAGGGCCUGAAGCAGAGCCUGCAUUUCGAUUUCUUGUCGAUUCUUCGAAGAAGGAACCAAGAUGGAAUUUUUGGAAGUAUCUGGUUGACCCUGAGGGACAAGUGGUGAAGUUCUGGAGGCCAGAGGAGCCAAUCGAAGCCAUCAGACCUCACAUAUCACAUAUGAUUGGACAAAUAAUCUUAAAAAAGAAGGAAGAUCUAUGACAACGCCGUGGAGCCAUACUAGUACAAUACAGCAGGAAGAUACCUCCAAAGGGUUCGGUCUUGUUUUACACACUUUGACAAAUACGCCAGUAAAGGAUGAAGCAUUUGUUUUAUCUUAAAAAAUACUAAUCCAUAGUAAUGAAUGUUUUCCAGGAAAGAGAUGUUACCUGUGGCAGGUGGGGUAGGGGAAGAGUAACCAAAGCAUCAAGAUGAAAUAUAUUAAAUAUUUCAUCUGACUAUACUGAAAAAUUCCAAGUACACAGUCAACAAUGUGCUUCAAUGCCCUGCUGUUGGACAUGACAUUUUCCAGAGCUGAACUUUAUGGGAAAGCCAACACCCAAGGUAGCUACUUGGAUUCUAGAACACUGUGGGACUGGAAUGUCUGGAGUAACUAAAUAGUGUAAGUGGCUGUGUUGAUGUAAUAAAACAUAAAAUGAAUGUUGCAAAAUA